AUGAAUAAUAAUAAUAAUAAUAAUAGUAUAAAUAUAAACAAUAAUAAUAAUAACAAUUUCAAUAAUAUAGAUUCGAAAAUAAAAAAUAAUUCCGAAACACUUUUAACAAAUUCGGCAUUAUUAAUUAAUACAAGACCAUCCCAACAACAACAACAACAACAACAACAACCACAACAACCACAACCACAAAUAAACAAUAAUAAAAUUUUAGCAUAUAACCCAAUUCAGUUUGAAACAUUUUUUGAAUUUAAAGAUGUUUUACAAAAAAUUCUAGAUAAUAAUCAGUUUCAAAAUGACUGGGUUGCAAUUAUCACCAAAAUUUUAGGACCAAACGAUGAUAUAGUUUUUAAAAAGUGUAUAGAUGAUCUAGAAGCUAGAGAAUUAAUUGGAUUACUUAAACCUGGUUCAUAUUUCUUUAAAACAUUAUCAAGUAAUUUUGACGACCAAACUCACCAAUUUUAUUUCCCAUUAGAUAGAAUACCAUCAAAUACAAUCUUAAAGAUAACUAAAGAUCCAAUAAACAACUCAAGAAUUAUGGACCAUAUUGAUUUUGGAAAAAAAAACAUUGUAGUCAAUAUGUUUCAAUAUUAUUUCUUUGCAUUUGGUUUAUUUUCUGAUCAUAUUAGUAGAGAUACAAUACCAUUAAUUGAACCAAAAUCAUUUUUACAUCAAAGAACCAUACAUGGUAUCCCAACUUUUUCACAUAACAGACAAGCCCCAUCAACAUCACCAUUAUCAAAUAGCUAUAUAAAUAGUAGAACCUCCACCCUUCAUAUGCAAAAACUACAAAUAACAAAAUCUGAAAGAACCAGAAAAGCCUACGCAACAUUAUUAAACGAUUAUUUAAACUACUUUUUACCAUUCCCAAAAACCCAAGACUUAUCAAUUGUUAUCGACCCCUUAAGAUCCAUCAAUGUAUCACACGAACAAUCACUAACUUUUUUGAAUAUCAUCUGCGAAUCAUUGUUCUCCCAUAAUUUAAUCACAUUUGACACAUAUAAUUUAAAUCCUGAAUAUGGAUUUUUAUCAAAUUAUAAAAAACCAACAGGAGUUUAUUUGGAUACAAUGAAAGUGUUUAUUAUUUAUUAUCAAGCAUAUUCAUAUUCCUUUGACUUUUUAACACCAUUAGAUAAUCAACAAGAUAUUACACCAACACUUCAUCUAUAUUUUAAUCAACGCGAAAUUGUAAGAUCUACAAUAUUUAAUUUCUUUUUAUCAUUUAUAGAAAGAGCAGAUUUCAGUGACCCACAACUACCAAUCGAAAAAUUUAUUACCAAUUGGUUACACUUUAUCACACCAUGGGACCCAAUUUCAAGAACUACUGAUAGAAUGGACGCUGAUAGAAGGAAAAUAAAAAAGAAUAACUCUCUUACAAAUAUUUUGAAUAUAGUUUCACAAGACCAGCCACAACCACAACCACUCUCCAGAACAUCAUUGUUUGACCACUAUCAGCAUUCAACCGACCAUAUAUUGACCAACGACGAUGACUACAAUAACAAAUGGGAAAACUUUGUCGUUGAGCACUAUUAUUACUAUUCACUACUAUUUAGCUUGCUAAUUGUCAAAAGCACCAUGGUCGAUGUGUUACCCUUUUUAAAUACAUUUAAACUUGUUUUAAAAGUUUUUAGCUCACCAACUUUAAAAUCAUUACUUAAAAAACUCUCAACAUACGACCAACAAACCUCAUUAUCAUCAAAGAAAAAAGAUAUGUUCACAGUAAAACUAAACGAUCAAAUUAAAGAAUUUAAUUUAGUAUCAAUUAAAAAUGAAAGGAACUUAUUCUCUGAACAAACCAAACAGCGUGCAAUCAAUCUAUGUGCUCUUAUCGAACAAAAGAUGAACUAUCAAAAUCAAAAAGAUUGUCAAGAAUUUAUAGUAUUAUUAAGCGAAUUUUAUGAUCUCCCACUACCUUCAUUCGAAACAAUCAUCAAUGACAAUAACAAAAAUAUAAACAGUAAUGGUGUACCAAGCAAAGAUAAAUCACUAAUUGGUGUCAAUAACUCUGUAUUAUUAUUACAAUCACCCAAUAGAGGUGACGAUGGUACACUAACUGAUUUAGGAAGAAAACAAAUUCAUGAUGCUAAAAUGAAUUGCAAAUCUGACAACUUGACCUAUCCAUACAAAAAACUAAUGUCAAAUCCAAUCGCUAUUGAAAGAGCACCUAUCACAAACGAUGAAAUAGGUUUAUUCAUUAAACUUGGUUAUCAACUAACUGACAACACUUCAAUCCGUAUAAAAAUAAGAAGGUUUUCAAGAAAAACAUUUAUAAUUCAAGCAUUUUUCUAUCAAAAGUAA